CCUCAACACUAACCCCUCCCUGAAAUCCUUCCUCGUCGGGUCUAGCCAUCGUUCCCCGGAUCUGCCUUGUGUGUCACCUCAAUCCUUCCUAAUCCUCUUCCGAGUCCUUCCUCCACACCCAUCACUCCCACUAAAUCAUGGCUUUCAUCCUGCCCGGUCUCCGCAGAGGCCUGCUCCUCUCCACUCCCCUCAUCCUAUCCACCCCUCUCCUCCUCCGGCAAAACAACUCGAUAUUACUGUGCGAUUCGCCAGACCCGCUUACCAAGAUAACAUCCGAUCUAAAGUCUCGUUACAUGAGCAAUGCGCGACCAACUGCCGCCUCUACGGGGCGACCAAAUCCGAAUGUAAGGCAGAUUAGUCUGGGAAGCAUACUAGGGGUGUUGGGGGGAUUGGGUGUUAGUGUUUUUAGCAGACCACUAGCGGUGUUGAUUGGGUUGGGUGUUGUGUUUGUGCAGUUCCUCGAAUCCCGCGGCAUCCAUAUAAUACCCUACUCUUAUAUCCAGCGCCGAUUCGACAACACAAACGUUCGGUCUUUGGUGCAGGAUAAUGUGGCGUUUAAGUUGUCGUUUGGGAUCACGUUUGCGCUGGCUGCGUUCGCUGAGUUCAAGGACUACUGACUAUAGGAUCUCUACCGAAGACGGAAUGAUGAGGAGAUAGUUCGAAGGGUAGAGGGGUUGCGAUCUAGUACCCAUGCGCUGGACUCGGGGCAGGGUGCACACCUUGCGCAAAUCUAUGGCCUGGAUGCAUCAUCUGCGGGGGCGUAAAUUGCAUCUGGAUCUGCUUGCACUUCGCCCAGAAGUCUUUGACCGUUUCCUUGAACGCUGUGGAGGCGCGGGCAUUUCUGUACAUAAUUAGGCCAGCCGUUCUGUGCUCAUAUUGUAACUAC